AUGGCGUUUCCCUUUCUUCGGUCUCGGUCAAGAUACCGGCUAUACAUCCUGCUGGCCGUGUUUGUGUUUCUGACGUACUACUACUGGCCUGUUAGCCAGAUAGAACAGUUGUCUGAUUCCGUGCACAGAUCGACUGUUCAGAGUAGCGGUGGAUACGCCUCAAAUUCUCCUGAGCAGCUGGAAGAGGAAGAAGACACACGAAUUUAUCGCGUCAGUACGGAGCCCUUACGCGUUAACUUCAACCCUGACACGAACGAGCUGGAGGUCCCAAAAAUCAUAGAGAUCGACUCGGUGAACGAGGCACUGAGCUCCUUGAACCUGAAACCAUUACAGGAAAAUAAGGAUCCCCAGAAGCCUGCGCAAUCUUUGGACAAGGUGAACUUACUGAGCGAGUUUAUUGCCAGCAUGAAUUACAAGCCUCUUCAGUCAGUGAAGGGUUUCAUCGGCAACAUUGAUGUGCCGUCUACCUCUAACUAUUACGAUCUUUCAUGCCCGGACAUUAUUUACAGGCCUAAAGAAAAACGGAACAUUGAAUUUUCCGAGCCUAUACUCUUGAAAGACGACCUAGCUAGUGCUCGUGAAUCCUUGCUGUCAACAGAAUACAAAAAUCUCAUCACCAUGGGUGACAAAGUCGGCAGCCGUGUGGCUGAAAAUUGGCGUCAAUUUUCCGGAGCGUCCGUGUGGCUUCCUGACGAGGAGUGCCACAUGAUGGCUAGCCGUAUGAUAUAUGCACCAAACUCCAAAAGUAACCCGGUGGCUUCGUUUAUCAGGCUUCAAUUGUUUGACGCCAACUGGAAAGAGAUUACGGGUAGACGGAUCAGAUAUAUCGAUAUCACGAAACAGGAGAUCGAUAAUGUUUUGAGAGAAUACAACGACGCGCAAGACGAAUCGUUGCUGGACAAGAUCUCGAUAAAGUUCCCUACUGUUCUGGAUAUUCCAUUUGAUCCAAAGGUGAAUACUAAAGAAUUACUCGGUCCUGAAGACCCACGCAUUUUGUUCAAAGACGGCGAGUAUGUUCAGGAGCCGGUCAUCUUCUUCAAUAUGCUGGACAACGGCAAACGUACCAUGCAUGCAGUUUUCCCGCUAAGAAAGCCAAAUCCAAAGACUCAAAAACGCGAUCUUGUGAACUUCAAAAUAUCAGGAAUUGCUGCGUCCAGAACCCUCUCCACGGAGAAAAAUUGGGCUCCCUUUUUCGACUCGAUCCGGAUUGGAGAUUCCUCGAAAACUAAAGGCUACGUUCAAUUCCUGUACACGGUCGAUCCUCUCGUUGUGUUCCGUUGUAGCCUGGACAAUGGUAAAUGUGAGAAAUUACAGGACAACAUAUAUUAUUCUUCCUUUGCUGAAAAUGCCCUGGGAUUCAUCCGCGGUGGUACAGAGUUAAUACCCGUGCCAAGACAGAUUUUACAGAAACAUACCACUGGCAACGCAGAAAGCAGGCUUCAAAUGUGGGUUGGAUUUGUGAAAACUCACAUCAACAACUGUGGGUGCGGAGAUACCACUUAUAGACCAAGCUUGAUAGUGUUGACCAAAGAGGAUGGCGUUUUCCGCGUUGAUCUAAUGACCGAUAGUAUCGACUUUGACAUGGAUGUUUUAGCAUGGGAUGAGAAGGACACCAGGUGCGGAAGCGGACCCAAUGUGCUUACGCCAAAUGGUAUUUCGUUCUGGAACAUUAAGCAUCCAGAGGACAGUUCUGGCAAAUCAGAGGACGUGCCGCAAGGACUAUACAAGGACUACAUGGGUCUUACAAUUAGCGAGUCUGACGCGAACAUCAAGAUCGUGUUUUUGCGCAACGUGUUAAACUACAUUCUCGGAAUACAUGGCAUUGGCAAGCACAAUCUCGGAGAGUAUGAGCUCAAUGAAGGGGUUUCCGAACGCACAAGAAAAGUGAGCGAUUGCAUGCUUGAGGCUUCGUACAGUUACUGCAAGGCCUACGCCAGGAAAAAGUCUGCUGUGAAGGACAAGGGCAAUAAUAUAUAA